AUCAAACAGAAAAUAAUAUUAUUACGUACGCAUAUUCAUUGUUCGAUUUACAUCCAAACAAGUUGACAAUUUGACAAAAUAUAUUAAUGAAAAACGCAUAGAUGAAAUUCGUAAGUAAAAAAAAAAUGAAGAAACCUUUGCUUGCGUUAAUUUUAAUCAUCAAUAUUUCAGGUAUAACCUGCGAUGCCUUAGAAACUUUAUCGUGUAAAAAUGUAAAUGACAUUUGCUAUUAUGACGAAGAUUGUUGUUCCCAAUAUUGUUUUAAAUCGUUCGAAUGGUUUAACGGUGCUUGUAAGCCACUAUCACCGGAUUUUGAUUCUGAUUCGAAUCCAACAGAUAAAAUAGGAAUCUGCGAAUUCCACAUGCAAACUGAUGAAAGUGAAAUUGAUUAUCUGAAUAAUGAAUUUGACCGUGUAAAUGCAGCCCACAAUAGUUUGCCUCCAUAUACAUUAAUCAAAGUGUCAUACAAAGGAAGGACGACAGUCAUCACGGUAAACGAUCACAUUCCAAGAACAAAUGGAUCACUUUUAGACUUAUCCAAUGACGCUGCUCUGAUGUUACAAAUUAAAAAUGAGCAAUCUGUGCUAUGUAUAAUCGAAAAAGUGAUACAUCAUAAUUCUAUACUGAAAAUGAUUUUAUAUGCAUUACCAAUUUUGAGUUUCAUUAUAAUUCUGAGCAUUUUCAUUUAAGGUUUUUCUCAGAACGAAAAUUUGUUAAAGUUAGUUAUCGAUUAUUUUCAUAUACAAAUUUUUUUAAUUUA